AUGGUUUUUUGUACUACAGAUUAUGCAUAUCAUGACCAUGUUGAUGCUGUACAGCAGACAAACAGAAAUGAUAGUGCUUCCCAAGAAAAUUACCGUGAUCUACAGUAUGAAAGCUUAGAAAUAAAAGAUUAUCAAAUUGAAGAACCUUUAGAUGAUGAUGAUUAUCAAUACAUUGCAAAAAUGUUGAACAGUAGCGAGUCUGGUGGCAUUACAAGUAGUUCUGAGGAUUCCACCUCUGAUACUGAUAGCUCUGAUGAUGGUUUUACUGAUGGUGAUUUUACUGUUGAUGAUUUUACUGAUGGUGGUUUUACUGAUGGCGGUUUUACUGAUGAUGAUUUCUAG